AUUCUCAUAGCGAAUCAUAGCUAGAUGUCGCGAAGAAUAAACGCGCUGAUCGUGAAUUCCCCUUUAAUCGAAAUCUUAAUCGGGAAUCGUCGGCGAAUCUCGGGCUCACGCUCGGCAUCGUCGUGUUCCUCUGCCGUGCGCAUAUGAAUCUCUCCUUUAGUUUAGUGUCUAGCAGGUUACGAUUCGACCGAAGAACUGGGGUGAUAUAUCGGUGCGCGAUACCGCGACAAAUGUCGGGAGCUCGUGGUGAGUGGUACGAGGUAUAGGCCGAAUAAGGUGCGCGACAUAAAGUGACACACAAUCUGGAAUCUGCUGUGGUGUGCCCGCUCGCUCGCUGACUUGUCCUACGCCUCGUACGCACGCACGGCGUCGAGAACGCGCCGAACGCGCGACCACACGUACAUACAUAUAUAUACAGACAUAAUAUACGAACAGAUACACAUACACACACACACACGCUCUAUUCGUUGACGCACGGAGGUACGGAGAAGACCCACAGUUCUACGGCGCCAAUUUAAUGGAUCCGACCAUUGGUUGGUACCAACCGGAGCAGUUCGGCCCCGCUAAGGAACUGUGGUUAAACAUCUGGGAGGCCGAGAAGGGCCUCGAUGUGCUGACCCUGCGUAACGACGCGAAUACGAACAACGCGAUGGGCGUACGGCUGCAGCAAGACUUUCUCGCGCUGGACACGAGCCCGGCGGCGGCUGCGACCGCGGCCGGCAAUACCACGCCGUCGUCCAACACCGGUACCACCACCGUAAUCAGCACGGUCUUCGGCGGUGGCGGUCCCGGUAAUAACAACAACGGCGGCGGCAAUGCCAACAACGGCAACAACAACGGCCGCGCCGCCACCUCCGUUCACGGCAAUGCCGCCAGUAACAGCAACGGCGAGCACCGCGUGCCCCAUAACGCCUGUAACAAUUACUACAAUCCGUCGCGUAGGAAAAGCGAUAAUCGCGCGAGCACCUACGGCAUGAACUACAAUUAUGACGCUCUCGUAGGCGAGUACGGCGGCUGUCCUUGGCGUGUGCCGAACAAGCAUUACUCCAAGGGUGUAAUCGGAUUACAUGAGGAGAUAGAAGAUUUUUUUGCAUACAUGUGUCCCUCACACGAAGAGCAUGUUUUAAGAAUGAGAGUUGUAAAGAGAAUAGAACAAGUAAUUUAUGAUCUCUGGCCAGACUCUAAAGUAGAAGUAUUUGGCAGUUUUCGCACUGGUUUAUAUUUGCCUACAAGUGACAUAGAUUUGGUAGUAAUAGGAAUGUGGACAAAUCUUCCAUUACGUACUCUGGAACGUGCUUUAUUAGAUCAAAAUAUUGCUGAGCCAUCUUCUAUUAAAGUGUUGGACAAAGCCAGUGUGCCGAUUGUCAAAUUGACUGAUAAGGAGAGUGAAAUUAAAGUGGAUAUCAGUUUUAAUAUGAAUAAUGGUGUCAAGUCCGCCGAGUUGAUAAACUCUUUCAAGAGACGUUAUCCAGUUUUAGAAAAGCUAGUCAUGGUACUGAAACAAUUUCUAUUACAAAGAGAUCUUAAUGAAGUAUUUACUGGUGGUAUAUCCUCGUACAGUUUAAUACUCAUGACCAUCAGUUUUUUACAACUACAUCCCAGACAAAAUGCUUGCUGUUCGAGCGCUAAUCUGGGAGUAUUGUUGAUUGAAUUUUUAGAAUUAUACGGUAGAAAGUUCAACUAUGUUAAGACUGGUAUUCGUGUAAAAGAUGGUGGUACUUACAUAUCCAAAGAAGAGGUUCAACGAGAUAUGAUAGAUGGUCAUCGGCCGUCUCUCUUGUGUAUAGAAGAUCCGCUUACACCCGGAAAUGAUAUCGGCCGCAGUAGUUAUGGUGCUUUGUAUGUAAAGGAUGCAUUUGAUUGGGCCUAUUUUGUCCUUUCUCAAGCAGUCAGUCCCUUAAAUAUCUUAGUCAAUGACGCCAGUAAAGUAAGCAUACUGGGAAGAAUAAUUCGUGUGACCGAUGAAGUAAUAGAGUAUCGUAAAUGGAUCAAAGAAACAUUCCAGCUACCUGUAAGUGAAGGGGACUCUUUAUCAAGCUCAACUGGUUCCGAUGCAUCUACUCUUUCAGCUCCUGCCAGUGAUACGGACUCCGAAUGCAGCCGUGGCAAUUCUCCGAAUACUGGCGGGAAGAAUGAUAACGAUAAAAACAAAGACAGGCACUUUUACAAUAAUCAACAAAUUCAUCAUUAUUCGGCAAAGAAAACGUUCAAAGCGACCACUCAUGCAAAUCACCAGCAAAAUUUUAAAGGAAGUUAUCGCAUCAAUAACAAUAUAGGUGGUCAAAAUAAGACCAAGCACACACUUCACAAUAAUGGCAACAACAAUAAUAAUAAUAACAAUAAUACUAGUCAUAGUCCAACCUCUAGGCCACAUACAGUGAAAAGGAAGAAGCAUUGUACGAUGCCACGUGGGACCGGGGAUUGUGUGCGGUGAUGAAACGAGCACGACAAUUUCGGACAUUACUUCCGUCACUUAAGUAGCGAGCUCAAUAUCAUAACUGUGUGAUAGAAAGACAGCGAGUAACGUCGGUCACAUAACAACUAAAUCAUCCUACUACUCUUCUUCUAUUUUAUUUUCAAUACACGAAUGUACAGAAAAGCACAUCACAGAGUUCUAAGAGAACUUGCAAUUUAAAAAGUUUGCAAUUCUUGUACAAGAAUGGCCCAAGCAGUAUAAUUGUAUAUGCGUAAAAUAUUUCGUCUUUCCCAGUUUGCCAGAAUCAUUUUGCUCUGUACGCAAAACUUUACGUACCAAAGACGUACAGAAUUUCUACUAGUAAAUCGCGUUUCGAACUAGAAUCUGUUUAUAUACUUUAUUUUUAUUAUACAGGUUAUUAUAUAACAACACAUGCAGACUAGUGUAAUGUUUUAUCAAUUCGUCGUUUAUCGGAAAUCGAAUUAUUGCAAUUGUCAAAUAGCAAAUUGUGUUCACAUAUUGAUUAACAUAUUGUAAUACAUUUAUAUAAUAAUGAAUAUACACAUACAGGAUAUAAGUUGCGGUACACUUGUUUCGGGAAACUUCAACACGCAAAACUCUGUAAAACACCCUAAUAGUGACAACAAAAACUUAGUUUUCUAUAUGAAACUAUAUUCUUAUAACAAAAGGAAGUGACAGCGAAUAUGGUGAUAUUGAGACUUACCUAUAAAUAAUAUAAAAUGUGUACAUAUUGUAAUAUACCAUCUUCAAACAUAGAAAAAUAAGUCUAAGAGUUACCUAUUAAAUUUUUUUAAUUUAUAUCUAAAAUAGAAUGUUUGUUACAGUGACUUUACCGUAAAAAUUCGCGAAUGAAGCCAUAUCUAUCUAAGAGAAUGUAUUAUUGUUUCUUUUUUUUUUUUUGUUAUAUUUUUUUGUGUCUAUAUAUCAGAAUAUAAGCUCUGAAUAUCAUUGUUGAAGAUUUUGGUAUGUUUUUCAGAUUUUAAUAAAAUUUAUGUUUUUAUGUGUGCGUGUGCGUGUAAUGAUAAGAAAUAAUGGUAAACAACAAAAGAAAAAUUUUUUGAAUAAAAAUAUUUUUAAAACGUAGCUCACAUUAUACCACAAGAGACAGAGUGAUGACAACGCUUCGAAGUUUCGCAGUCUAUUUCGUAGCAACAACUUUUUUUUUUUUGCAAAUUUAGCUUUAUCUGCCUUCGUUUGUACAGAAAUGCUAAGUUUUUUUUUACUGUUAGUUCAUAAAUUCUUAAUAUCUCUCGAACAAUGACGUAUUAUUUUUAUAUCAGAUAAUUAAAAACAUACAUAUUUGUAUCAUACAAAAAAAAAAAAAAACAAAAGAAUCUGAUAUUUAUGAAUCUUACAUUGCAUUUGAUAAAACUUAUGUAUAUGACAAUACACAAAAAGGCCUUGACAUUACUUAAGAGCUCUGUAUAUUACGUUCGUCGAUUACGGUGUAUAGACAUAGUUUACUAUCAAAUAUUACAUUCCGUUUGACGCAAGAACUACUGAGAAUAGAAUGUUUAUCACGACAAAUUUCUUUCAACAAUAUCGGAUCAAACUUUUUUUUAUCUGGCGCAACUGCAUUUUUGUGUUCAACGACUUUUAACGCGCAAUGCAACAAAUCAUUUCCGUAAAAAUAUAGUUUAGCUAUAAAUUGAGUAUUGUUUAGAUUUUGAGUUUUUUUUUAUAUAGAUUAAUACUCAGUAUUCCGUGUAAAAUAAAUUGUUCAACUUAAAGCUCUUUUGUAUCUUAUAUUGUAUGCUGUGAUUGAAUUUAACAAUUAAAUUGUCAAUUGCUUAAAAAGAUAUAUAUAGAUAUAUAUAAAUAUAUAAUUUAAAUGUUACUGUAAAGCAUUAUAUAAAGCCAUACUACAUUUUUAAAAACUAUGUAAACUAUAUUAUCGCUUAGUGAUCUUCAGCAAAUUACAUGUUUUUUAUAAAUAUCAGAAUUUCGUAAUCAUUGAAAGAGUUUGAUAAUGAAAACUUCGUAAUCACUCAUAUUUAUCGAAUUUCCCGAAUGACUAUUGGAGUUUCUGUAAGAAAAAGGCAAAAAAAAAAAGACAAAAAAAAAGAAAUGGAAAAAAAAAGUUUA